GGCCGACGCCCCUUCGCUGUACUCUCCACGAGUACCACCAUUACUGCGCUUCACCCGAGGCGCCCUGCGACUCUCGCACCUAAUACCCACCGCAACCGCCCACGAUGCGUUUCUCGCUGUCGAGGUCGCUGCUAUGGCUCGCCGCCGCCGCCCUGCCGCUGGCUUCCGCCGAGCGCGUCCUCAAGUCUGAGUCGCUCAACCCCGUGCAUGGCCAACUCUGCCUUCUCUGCGACCCUCUUCAAUGUUGCCCUGACGCCCGACAACCGCAGUCUGGGCUUCGACAUUGAGGGUAUCUCCAACAUCGCCGGCAAGAUUAAUGCCGAGAUGGAGCUCUACGUCUACGGCUACCUCGCCUUGACCCAGAAGUUCGACCCCUGCACUAGCAAGGAGCUUGAGGGCAUGUGCCCCAUGAACGCUGGACCAUUGACCAUCAAGUCCAACUUUGACGACAUCAGCCCGGAUGUCAUGAGCCAGAUUCCCGGUAUUGCAUACACCAUCCCCGACUUGGACCUGCGCGUGCGCAUCAGAGUCUACGACGCAGGCACGACCAACCUCAGAGCCUGCGUUGAAGCAGAAUUGUCCAACGGCCGUUCUGUCGACCAGAAAGCUGUCGCAUGGGUUACCGCUGUCAUCUCCGGUCUGGGACUGGUUGCCUCUGCCAUCUCGUCCGGACUCGGUCACUCCAACACAGCUGCUCACGUGGCUGCCAACGCCAUGUCGCUCUUUGGUUACUUCCAGGCGCAGGCCUUCAUCGGCAUGUGCGCUGUUCCCCUGCCACCCAUUGUCGCUGCCUGGACGCAGAACUUCCAAUGGUCCAUGGGCAUAAUCCGUGUCGAUUUCCUGCAGAAGAUGGCCACCUGGUACCAGCGCGCCACCGGUGGCACUCCCACAACCCACCUCUCCCAGCUCACCACUCAAUCUGUCGAGGUCCAGAAGCGUAGCAUGACGAAGCGCGCCAUCCAAGCAGUCGACUUUGCUGCCGGUAUGACCAAGCGUCUUGUGGCUCGUAGUAACUCGGGAUCUACCGAAGCUCAACUCGGUGGCGAAAGAUUGGUCCUUCGUGGUAUCGAGCGUGUGGGAUUCAAGGCCCGCAUCGAGACGACCAACAUCUUCUUUACCGGUUACACUUUCUUCAUCAUCUUCGUUCUCUUCACAGUCAUCGGCGUGCUUGCCUUCAAGUACAUCUGUGAGGGUCUCGUCAAGGCUGGCAAGAUGCAAAGUGACAAGUUUGUCGACUUCCGUAAUGGAUGGCAGACUGUGCUCAAGGGCAUUCUAUUCCGCAUUGUUCUCAUUGGCUUCCCUCAGAUGAUGAUGCUUGGAUUUUGGGAACUGACUAUGCGCGACUCUGCUGGUCUUGUCGUCCUGGCUAUCCUGACUAUCCUUACUAUGAUCGGUAUACUCGCCUGGGCCUCGUCCAAGGUGGUCCUCAUUGCGCAGCGCUCCAUUGCCAUGCACAAAAAUCCCGCCUACAUCCUCUACUCGGACCCUACUGCUCUUAACAAGUGGGGUUUCCUGUACGUUCAGUUCAAGGCUACCGCCUACUGGUUCAUCAUCCCAUGGCUCGGAUACCUGCUCGUCAAGGCCAUGUUUGUCGGCUUUGCUCAGAGCAGUGGAAAGGUCCAGGCUGUCGCUCUUGUACUGAUCGAGCUUGCACUUCUCGUCGGUGUCUCUACAUUGCGCCCUUGGAUGGACAAGAAGACUAACGGUUUCAACAUCGCCAUCGCCGCCGUCAACUUCCUGAGCACUUUCUUCUUGUUGAUGUUCACGGAGCUCUUCGGACAACCUCCUCUGGUUUCCGGUGUGAUGGGAGUCAUCUUCUUCGUUCUGAACGCUGCCUUUUCUCUCGUUCUGCUUAUCAUGCUCUUGGUCUCUUCUGGAUUUGCCUUGUUCACCAAGAACCCCGACACUCGUUACCAGCCAAUGCGCGAUGACCGUGGUUCUUUCAUCAAGUCACAGACUCAGCUGACUACCGAGCUUGAUGCGCUUGGUGCCACUGCACGCGGUGAGGGCAAGGGAACUCACCCCAACCAAUCGCGGUCGCGCAUUGAUGACGAUGACGAUAUCUCCUCAGAGGAUCAGCGUCGACAAAUGGCGGCCAAAGAGGGUGGAUUCAGCGAGCACUACCAGCCCGCACCACCACGCAGUCCUGCGAACUCAAACUUUGAUCGCAACGCGCCAUCUUACUACGACCGCGCCAGUCCUGCACCCUCGUACAACCAGCCACAGUACAACCAACCACCACAGAGCGCGAUAAGGAACGAACCACAAUAUCGAUCCGCAAACAGCGGCAGCCCGUGGCAACGAGGCGCAGGUUACGACCAUUGA